ACACACACAUACACCCACACCACACCACACAUACACACCUAAAGCGGUUUACAAUGGCCAGACCUAGGUCAGUUAAUGAACUUCCCAUUGGAUAUUUAUCGCAGCUUAGAAGCUGCUCUCUUAGCCAAACCGGUUGACGGCUCAAGUUCAAGCCCAACCAGAAUUGAAAUAACCAAAAAUAGUCAAAAGAAAAAUAAUAAAAAUAAAAAAAAAGUAAUCAACGAAAAUAACUACAGUCCAGCUUCGUAUAAAAGCACUCGUUCAAUGCCCCAAACAUCAGCAGUUGUAAUCGACUCACAACUCCAACCAAACCAAACCCAACCAAACUCCAAAAUGUUCAAGCUCAUCGCCUUGUUUGCCUGUGUUGCUGUGGCUUCAGCUGCUCCUGGUCUGUUGGCCGCCACCCACUCCAUUGUGCAGCCCGCUGUGCUGACCAAGACCGCCUACGUGGACACCAGCGCCUCCUCGGCCAUCACCCACCAGAGCAAUGUGAAUCUGGUGCGCAAGGUGCCCGUUGUCCAGACCCUGCACGCUGCCCCAGUUGUCCAUGCCGCUCCAUUGGUUCACUCCGUUCCCGUCGUCCAUGCCGCUCCCGUUGUCAGCACCUACGCCGCUGCUCCAGUCGUGCACGCCGCCCCCCUGCUGCACUCUGUCCCCGUGGUGCACUCAGCCCCUCUGGUCAAGACCGUCGUCAGCGCUCCAGUUGCCUACACUACCCUCCACAAAUAAGCCGUAACGAUCUAUGUAGCGAUCUAUGUGCAAAGUGAACAAAAUAAAACUGAAUUUUUAAACUACAA